CUCCUGGCGCGGGCGUUUUUAUUUUCCCGACCUUUGGGGUUGGUUUUUUUUUUUGUUUUCUUUCGCAGCGACGCUCAGAAGUAGCCUCGGAAUCUCGGCUCCGGCUGGGCGGGAAGGCGCGGUGGGCCGGCGUCGCCCGUGUCGCGUUCGAGCCUGGCCGCGCCUCAGCGACCAGGUGACCCAGUGAAUGAAGAACAUGAAAGGUAUUAAGAGAAGUCUUGCAGAAGAAUACUUAUACCUGGACUUUUCUCACCAAGUAGAAGGAUGCAUCUUCCCUCUUCAUACAUCUGUAACUUUAUUUUUGUUGUCAUACUGUGACUGCAAAAUCCUAAAAGUUUAUUUAGUACUCAGCAAGGAAAGUUCUGAUAGUUCACUUCUAAGAAAUGUACCAUCCCAGGAUCUUGAAAUGCAGGUUAUUUCUAGGCAAGAGCUUCCACCCAUAGUCCAGACUUGCUGUUUGCCUGCGGUGGUAGAACAGCCCAACAACUUUUGUAGAGCUGGACUUGCUGUUGUACUAAGACACAUAAUCCAGAAAUCUUAUGAAGCUGACCCAUCAAAGAAGGAUAUUUUGGAACUUCUGGGUUUUAAAAAGACUUGCUUGAAAGCCUGUGCUGAAGUUAGUCAGUGGACCAGGCUGUGUGAACUCACCAUCCCUUUGGCUAUUGAGAAUUUUCUUAGAGAGUCUGUUGAACAGCCCCCAGCUAUCCCUGCAGAAAUAAUACAGCUAGAGAAAAAACUUAGUGAGCCUGUUAGAGUACACAAUGAUGACAAACUACGCAGACAGAAGCUGAAACAACAGAAGGUUGCUGAAAAGAAAAGAACAGCAAAGACCAAGGUCCAUAUCCAGGAAGCAUCCAAGGACUUGGAUUCUCCAUCUAAGAGUUUGGAAAUGAAAGUGGCAUUCUCAAAGCUUGCAAUGCAGGAAGAACCAGCUCCUACCAACAGGGAGCCUUCUCACAUCAGGAAAGCAAAGGCCUCUGACCUUCCUCCUCUGGAGCAUGUGUUUGCCGAAGGGCUUUACUUUACCUUGGCAGACAUUGUGCUUUUGCCCUGUAUCCAUCAUUUUCUGGUAAUUAUCUGCAAGAAAUUUUCUGAGAAACUGAUAGAAUUUCCACUGCUAACUUCUUGGUACCAGAGGAUUCAGGAAGUGCCAAAAGUAAAACCAGCAGCUUCCGUGUGUGGGAUCCAAUUUCUGUGUUUGCCAAAGUUGUUAAAUACUUCAAAUGAGCAGCAUCAGAACUUAAGUGAAGUCCCAGGUUCAGAAGAGCAAAAUGACCCAUCAUUUACAGGAGGACCAAGACCAACUCUGACUAAGUUAAUGGAAAAUGGCAUUGAAGUGAUGCUUGCUCCUCACCCUUCCCCUAUGUGGUCCCUUGAUUGGAAUGGUCUUCCUGCAGCCGUGAGCCCAAAGGAAGGCAAAAUGUCUAGUGAUCGAGCUUUGAGGAAACAGCAACAAUUAAACAACCUUGCUUAUGUGGUGAUGAAUCAAGCUAAACCUGGUGACAGAAUUGUGGAUUUCUGCAGUGGCGGGGGCCACGUUGGAAUAGUUCUUGCUCAUAUGCUGCCGUCAUGCCAGGUUACAUUAAUAGAAAACAAGGAAUUGUCAUUAAUUCGUGCUAAGAAGAGAAGUGACGAACUAGGUUUAAGCAACAUUUGGUUCAUUCAAGCAAAUAUGGAGUAUUUUACAGGAAUGUUUAAUAUUGGGGUAGCAUUGCAUGCCUGUGGUGUGGCAACAGACAUGGUGAUUGAGCACUGCAUCAAAACACGGGCUUCCUUCAUCACGUGCCCUUGCUGUUACGGCUUUAUUCAGAACACUUCCAAGUUUAAGUUUCCCAAAAGUGAACAAUUUAAGAAAACUUUAUCAUACAAGUUCAUAGGCUUCCUACCCCCGUUUGCUAGUCUCUGGUCUGGAUUAGUGGCAGUCAGUGUCUACUUGCGAGACAUGAAAACACAAGAGACCCUCAGAGAAUUUUCUUCCAAAAGAAAACAGUGCAUGUGCCUGGUGGAUCUGGACCGAGCAAGAGCUGCAGAAGAACAUGGCUACUCUGUUCAAGUGAUAUCCAUGGAACCAGAGAGCUGCUCUCCCAAAAAUAACAUGAUUGUGGGAGUCCCCAUUUAGAAUGCGAUGUUUAUUUUUGAUGUUUUGCCAUUAGCUUUGUGAGGAAAGUCUAGGAACAUCAUGGUGGUGCUUGGUAUACCUAGAAAACAUCAUUAGCCAUCCUAAGCCUAUUGUGCUCAUUGGGAAAGCAAUAGGAACAUCUUGGAAGAAAGGCUGCCCACAAAGCAUCUUAAAUGCUCUUAGAAUGUUUUUCACAGUUAAAAUCCUCUGAAGUUUCAGCUGCCAAAAGAAUAAUGCCAGUGAAGGUUCUAUCACUGGAAUAACAAGUUGCUUCUCAGUUCACAGGCUUUUCUGAUCUUGCCAGUGUGAUAUUCAAUUCAAAACAAUGUAUUUGCUGCCUUUAUUAUCCUUUAGAUAUUCACACCUGGAGAUUGAAACUAAACUCAGUGGGGGGUUGUUUUGUAUUUUUUACCUUUGUACUUUUCUAUAUAUUUUUUAAAAAUCUAGAAAUAUAAUUAUACUAUGAUUAUUUUUAGGCUGGUGUUACCAUUUAGUAUACUUCUUUUUAAUAUAUUUUCCAUAAACUGUCAAAUGAGAUCAUCACUAGUUGAAACAUUUUUCUGUGAAGAGAUUCAAAAUAGUUUCAGAUAAGACCAUGGGUUUGGGACAUAAAACUAACUAGUAAACACAAUUAUUACUUAAUUCAGUUAUAUAACUAAUAAUUUGGAAUCUAAAAUGUUCAAGACCCAGAUUUUUCUGAAAAUACAAAGACAAAUUGCAAGAGACAGUGCUUUGGUUACAGAAAAUAAUCAUCUAUGAAAGACUGAUGAAUUAGUUAAGUGCAUUAUGUCAUAAUGUAUGGUCUUAUUUGUAUUUUUUUUAAUCUCACUGAGCAUAAAUUGUGAAUGUGAGUAAUGCAGAUCAGGGAAGCUUAUUUGCACAGUUCUCUCUGCCUAAGUUCUUUUUUCUACCAGUCAACAUCUUUAGAUGCAGUUAGCACAUCCUUUUGCAUGUGCUACUGUUGAUUUAACUUUGCAUAUCCUAGUUUAUUCUACUAAAUUCAUUUCACUACUCUUGUUGUGGUUUAAAAUAAAGGAAUAAUUUCAUAUAGGCCAAUAUUCAUGAGGAGGGAGAAAUGUUUUGUAAUUUUAUGUUCUGGGAUAAAAUUUAAGAAAACAAAAUUUAGACAUCAACCCUAUUUUAGUCAUUAGUGUCCAUACAUACAUGUUCUUUCAUCUUGGACUUUCCUUUUUAAAUGGAAAUAUAAUUUAUAUAUAACAGGUUUUUGAGUGUUCUAUUUGAAAAGUUUUGAUAACUGUAUAUACCUACACAAACCCAUUCAAAUAUCUGAUGAAUAUUUUCAUCUAUCAACAUCUGGUAUUUUCCUCAGAUAUUAUCAGAUAUAUUAAUAUUUUUCCAAGGUUUACUUGACACAAUUUCUAAUGAAUGCUUUAAUUUUAAUGAAACUUAAUAUACCUCUUUUAUGGUUGAUAAUG